CCAUCGCAAAUCAGUUCCACAGAACAUUCAAAACAUUUCUCACUUCAAGAAGGAAAGAGAAAUCAUCAUGGGUGUCCACGUUUACGCAGAGGAGAACACAUCCCCUGUUGCUCCAUCGAGGCUGUUCAAAGCCCUGAUUGGCGACUCUGAAACCCUCAUGCCCAAGCUCCUUCCUCAGGUUGUUAAGUCCAUCUCGCUCCUCGAAGGUGAUGGCGGGGUUGGCUCCAUCAGGCUCCUCACCUUCCAAGAAGAGGUGCCGAGUAAGAACGUGAAGACAAGGGUGGAUGCCACGGAUGCGGAAAAGUUGACUCACAAGUACACAUUGCUGGAGGGAGACCUGUUGAACGAGAAGAUGGAGAGCAUUUCGUACGAGUUGGAGUUUGCCCCUGGACCCGACGGAGGAACCAUCGGGAAGAUCAAGGCCACCUACGUUACCAAGGGCGACGAGCCGCCGACUGAGGAGGAUCGCAAGAAAGGGAAAGAAAUCAGCUUAGCCAUGUUCAAGGUUGUGGAAGGUUACCUUCAACAAAACCCAGAUGCCUACGUUUGAAGAAAAACAAAUGAGAGGAAAGAAAAUGGUUUGGUUAAGUUUGUUUGAAAGAGUUUCGAAUCUUAAUGAAGAAUAAGGGUUGUGGUGGGUCAGUUUUUUUCUUGCUUCUUCUUUUCAGGUUGGUUGGUCAUUCUUAUGAAUUAUAAUCAUUCCUCACUGUCAAAAGUGAGCAAUGUAUGGUUUAUAGUAUCCUAUUAUACUUGUGGUCGGUUGUACUUGUUGAGUUAUACAUCAAAAUUCAGCUUAGUACACCUUAUAAUAAUUUGUUAUGGUCCCUGUAUCGUUUUCUGUUGGCAAUUCAUUACUAUAUUAUGUCUACAACUAUGACUCUAUUUCGUAUAAAAUGAAAUCAAUCUUCUCAAUCGCAUCCAACUAUGUCAUUUGGGAAUUGAUUUGAUUUACAUAAGCAUCGAAGUACAUUGAUUGUCAUACCUUGGACUCCCGAGCUCAACCCGUCUUCGAAGAACUAGGUUGUGAAACAACUAACCGAUAUUGGACGUGAUCCCGUUGAACAUACUGACGUACAUUUGUAGUGGUCCUAGUUGCAUUUCCCUCUGUGUUUCGUAUUCUAAAUCGUAAACCCAAUCUAAAAGGACAGUGACAUCUUCUGAAUCUUGGGAGAGUGUGAUUAUGAUUUUUAUUUAUAAUAUGAUUUAUCAAUGAAAUGAGAAAAAAACACCACUUCUCGGGAUCCACAAAUACAAUCCUACAAGGAAGAGGCAAAAGGGAGGUACACAUCAAUAGAAAGCCGAAAAACAAGUCAUUCAAUGUUUAGAGCUCAACAAGGAGGAAGGACAAUGGAUGUAGUGCGAGCUUUCUGCCACAAUUUUACAGUUGAAAUGGAUUUGACCAAAUGACACAACUGGGAAGGGAGGGUAACAGCUCAAUAUCAAUCAUGUCAAGAAUUCGUUGGUCCACCAAAGGUCACAUAGUCUGAUUUGUGAACCCUCGUUGGACACUUGUUCUAGACAUAUGAGGUCUUGAGUUCGACCCUCUCGAGCCCCUUUUGUGGUGUUCCCGGAAGCCCUAAUGGGGAUAUUAGUGGAGGGCCCAAAGGGCUCAAGUAGGUGAAUCCCCAUAUUUGAUCCGCUCUGCCACUCCCAAGCGGUGUGUGUGGGAAUGUUCUUGGGUUAUAAAAUAAAUUAAAAUAAAAUAACCCGUUGGUCCCAAUAAUUCGUGGGAUAAUGUUAAUUAUGGAUAUUGUAUCACUCUCUUUUAUAUCCUCUCUCAAACGGAAGACAACUCAUGUGCUUGAAAGUGUGCACAUAUCCACCAUGCAUUGUGUUUAGAUCAACAGUUAAUAUUUUUGGCGUCGUGGAGAUUCGAGCACACAACCAUUUGAUCAUACCAGCUCUGAUAUCAUGGCAAGACCCAAUUAAUUUCAAUGACUCGAGUUGUUGAGACAAGAGCAUCUUAUACUAAUUUGUUCCUAUUUUGAAUAAAAUUAAAUCAUGAUACUAGCUUGAUGCAAUAAACACGGUAUAGUUGGUUGUUUUCUCUCCUCCUCUUUCUUUGUUUGGGAAGAUCCUCCUCUUUUUUGGUUCAUCUUGUUCGUAAAAAUCUCCCAUACGGUAUCAAAAUCCAAAUCGUCCAAAAAACAUACAUAGUUGCCCCAAUUUAAUAGCAAACCCACCAAAGCUAAAAUACAAACUGAACCUUUGUUUCAAGUUGCAACUAUGAAUUAACCUAUCGAUUUGGUCCCUCUCUUAUAUGCCAUUCUCCCACACGAAGCAUAAUCCUAAUUCGAAUAAUAAAGCCAGGAGGCAGGGGAUGAGAGAACGAGAAUCAAUCACCAUGGACAGAACUCAGACUGAGUAGCAACAAAAACAUUCGGACGCC